AUGGCUGCCGUUGCUGUGUUGGCCGAGACGACAAGAAACUUAGCGGCGGCGUAUCCAAUGGAGCUUCUAUUUGACCUGGACAUGGUUCUCUCCGGCGACGACGACUUCGGUUGCUGCCACGUCACCGCGGCUAAUUCCUCCGAUUCUAUUGUAGCGGAUUUGCCGACGGUGGUGGCCGACGUUUGCGCCGUUUGCUUCGAGGAUUUCCGGUCAGACGAGGGCGGAAAGCAAAUCCCCUGCGGACACGUGUACCAUGAGCCUUGCAUCUCCUCCUGGCUCGCAGUCGCCGACUGCUGCCCCCUCUGCCGCCGCCGAGUGGAACCCCCUCCUCCUCCUUCCACUUCCAUUCCCCACUAG